GUCGAACCGUCACCCCCAUGGCUGAUUUCAAAGGAGACAUCAACCCGGUGAGCGUACCAAUUACCAGGUCUUCGGACUCGGGUUCGGACGUUGCAUCCAGCAUUAAGCGACCGGAUUAUGGCUCCUAUGAGGAUCAUCCUUUCAGCGAGCCCAGCACGGCACAGUAUUGGGCUCAAAAGUACGAAGCAGCCAAAUACGAAGGCCGUCACAGAUUUGAUCCAAACUACACAUGGACUGCGGAAGAGGAGAAAAGGCUUGUGCGCAGACUUGACUUGAGGGUUACGCUGUGGGCGUGGGUCAUGUUCUGUUCACUGGAUCUGAAUCGCAAGAACAUCAAUCGAGCAAUAUCGGAUAACUUGCUCAAGGACUUACACAUGAACACCAACGAUUUCAACUAUGGUCAAACUAUUUUUCUCGCAUCUUUCCUGUUCGCCGAACUCCCUAGUGGUCUCAUCAGUAAGAAGCUUGGUGCAGAUCGAUGGCUCCCCACCCUCAUCUGCUCCUGGUCGAUUGUCAGUGCAUCACAAGCCGCUAUGACAACCAAAGUACACUACUAUGUCAUUCGUUGUCUACUUGGUGUUCUGAUGGGAGGGUUCAUUCCUGAUAUUGUGUUGUGGCUCACCUACUUCUUCAAAGGGAACGAACUGCCUACUCGUCUGGCUUGGUUCUGGACUGCUUUGAGUACAUGCAACAUUGUCGGAUCACUGCUGGCAGCGGGUGUACUUCAAAUGCGAGGCCUCAACGGUUGGGCUGGAUGGCAAUACCUGUUCUUGAUCGAGGGGCUUUUAACCUUUGUGAUUGGUAUAUUCGCAUACGGGCUGAUGCCCCCGGGAGCUUGCCAAACCAAGCACUGGUUCAGGGGCAAGAACGGCUGGUUCACUGACCACGAAGAACACAUUCUUGUCAACCGCAUUCUCCGCGACGAUCCCUCGAAAGGCGAUAUGAACAACCGGCAGGCGAUUUCGCUGGCAGCGCUGUGGCAAGUCGUCUGCGAUUGGGAACAGUGGCCGCUGUAUUUGAUCGGACUUACCGCAUACAUUCCGCCUGCACCACCAGGAAACUACUUAUCCUACAUCCUGCGAAAAUUAGGCUACUCAACCUUCCAAGCCAACAUGUUAGCCAUUCCAUCGCAGUUUUUGUUCGCCAUCCAGCUCCUCCUCAUCACAUGGCUAUCUGCAAAGGCCAAGGAGAGGAGCAUAGUCUCGUCUUUGAGCAACAUCUGGAUUUUUCCCUGGUUGAUUGCUCUUGUAGUGCUUCCAGCAAGCGCAAACCCUUGGAUCCGCUACGCUUUAUUAACUGGUCUCCUUUCUUACCCAUAUUGCCACGCUAUUCUGGUCGGCUGGAAUGCAGAGAACUCCAACUCGGUUCGCACACGCGCUGUCUCGGCAGCCUUCUAUAAUAUGUUCGUUCAGAGCGGCAAUAUGAUCUCCUCAAAUAUCUAUCGUGACGACGACCAGCCAUUGUACCGCCGUGGCAACAAGAUCCUGUUGGGUAUUUGCUGCUUCAACAUCGUACUAUUCUAUUUCGUCAAAGCGUUCUACAUCUGGCGCAACAAGGUCAGGGAUAUGAAGUGGAACUCGCUGACGAAGAAGGAGCAAGAAGACUACGUCGUCAACACUAAAGAUGAGGGAAUGAAGAGGCUGGACUUUAGAUUCGUGCAUUAGGAGACUUAAGUCUGUAUGGCAUAGUUUUGGGUGGAGAUAGAUCGGUUAAACGUUGUUGGAACGAGCGACGUAGGGGAAAGCUCAGUACUACAGAC